UGUAACUUUCCCAGUAAUUCAGAAUGACCCUUGUGUAACCCAUGACGCCCCUGCCUGUGAGCAGAAGUGUAUAAGUACUUGCAUAAGUUUCACAAUGAAUUUGCAGCUGCAUACUUCACCCGUGGUGUGCCAGACUGUCAUUCCUGCGCCGACCUCUCAACUUUCCUCGUUCCUUCUCCCUGCUUUCCCUCGGACUGGAGCCCACCGACAGGGUGGUCCGCGGCAGGUGGCGCCUCGAACAGGGACCUGAAGGACAGGAUGCGGAAUCACCCAUCUGGAUUCCAGACCGACUGGUCAAGCCGGCUCCCCCGGAAAAAGCAACGCAGGAGGAGGCGCCAGCGGCUUCUGCGGAACCUCACCCGCCGCUUGGAGAAAGUGAAAGUAAACUCGCCAAUCGCGAACAAAAUCACCUGGAUGCAAAUUAAGACUCUUACCCAACAAGCCAAACAACUACUACUUUCCCAGGGAAAAUCCCUAACUCCUUGCAUGUAUUUUAUAGCUUUUUUAACUCUCAUUUCAAGUCCCAAAGUAGAAAGCACCGCCUACUGGGCGUAUGUUCCCAAUCCACCUUUGCUUCAUCCUGUUGGCUGGUUUGAUCAGGAGUCGAUUAAAAUUUUAACUAAUGACACCCUCCGUUUAGGAGGCUUUCAAGAUUCAGAAUCGCGGGGCCACGCCUCCUCCUUUGUUAACUUUACAGGUAGAGCAGACUCGCUCCCCAUUUGUCUUACUCUCAAGGGAAGGGCACCACCGUUUUGCCUGCAAACCAGUUUCAGAGUGUUUCUGACGGACGCUCCUGACCCCAAUGACCCUGCUGCAUACUUCACCCGUGGUGUGCCAGACUGUCAUUCCUGCGCCGACCUCUCAACUUUCCUCGUUCCUUCUCCCUGCUUUCCCUCGGACUGGAGCCCACCGACAGGGUGGUCCGCGGCACAGACUAGCCUUUGUAAUGAAAAGGCAACAGCGAUUCUCGUGUACCUUGAUGGGAACACGCCAGUGACUGUAACACAGACACAACACCAACCCUAG